UGUGUGUGUGUGUGUGUGUGUGUGUGUGUGUGUGUGUGUGUGUGUGUGUGUUGCGUACAGGAGGAGAGAGCUCCGUCUCCGCGCACAAGAGCCACUACCGCACAUCCACCUCGGAGCAUCUGCGAGCGGCGGCCGCGCGCGGAGGAUGCAGACGGGCGGCGCGAGGAGGAUCUGGACCGGCUGCUGGAGGGUCGGGACGACAUGACGAAUGUCACCAUCACCGGCGUGUUGUGGGAUGUAUGAAUAGAUAUAGAUAUAUGGAUAUAUAGAUAUAUUUUGCCACCGAGGGACUCUGGGACUGCAAUGGAGCGUCGAUCCAACGCGUGAGAGCCGCCGACCGGCCCGCUGCUUCCAGGGCUGAUCCCACAGACAAUAAGGCAGCAGAAACCCUGGCAUCUCAUCAUAUGCGUCGAGGCGGCAGUCAUGUCGAAAAACAAGAGCAGCGAGUCGGUGAAGGUGGUCGUUCGAUGCCGCCCGUUGAACCGGAAGGAGGAGUCCAACAGGGCCGCGGGGGGCAUCGUGCGGUUGGACCUGGGGCUCGGACAGGUGAUCCUCAGGAACCCCCGGUCGUCCGCCAGCGAGCCCCAGAAAACGUUCACGUUCGACGCCGUGUACGAUGCCAGCUCCAAACAGCGAGACCUGUACGACGAGAGCGUGCGCCCCCUGAUAGACUCGGUGCUCGCAGGGUUCAACGGCACAAUAUUUGCCUACGGGCAAACUGGCACCGGGAAGACGUACACCAUGCAGGGGGCAUGGAUGGACCCGGAGAAACGGGGCGUGAUCCCCAACGCCUUUGACCACAUCUUCACACACAUCUCCCGCUCGCAGUCCGACAGGCAGUACCUGGUGCGGGCAUCCUACCUGGAGAUCUACCUCGAGGAGAUUCGGGACCUCCUCGAUCCCAACCAUGGCAGCGCCAGAGCGCUGGACCUCAGGGAGUGUCCGGACACCGGCGUGUAUGUCCGAGAUCUCACGUCGUGCGUCUGCAAGAGCAUCAAGGAGAUCGAGGAGGUGAUGAACGUGGGCAACCAGGCGAGGGCGGUUGGCGCGACCGACAUGAACGAGCACUCGUCCAGGUCCCAUGCGUUGUUCUUGAUCACGGUGGAGUGCAGCCAGCCCGGACCAGAUGGUCGGAAGCACAUUCGAGUGGGUCGCCUCAACCUGGUGGAUCUGGCUGGCAGCGAGCGGCAAGCCAAGACCGGCGUCCAGGGGGAGCGCCUGAAGGAGGCCGCCAAGAUCAACCUUUCCCUGUCAGCGCUGGGGAACGUGAUCUCGGCGCUGGCGGACGGACGCAGCAGCCACGUGCCUUACCGGGACUCCAAGCUGACCAGGCUGUUGCAGGACUCCUUGGGCGGGAACGCGAAGACGGUCAUGGUCGCCACCUUGGGCCCGUCCUCGCAGCACUACGACGAAACGCUCACCACCCUCCGCUACGCCAACCGGGCCAAGAACAUCCAGAACCAGCCGAGAGUCAACGAGGACCCCAAAGAUGCGCUGCUGCGCGAGUUCCAGAUGGAGAUCGCCCGCCUCCGGGCGCAGCUCAACCACAGGAAGUGGAGGAGCAUGCAGAAGAAGGAGCAGGUGGAGGGCGAAGGCUGGGAGGGGGACGAGGACGAAGAGCCCGAGGGCGAGGAGGAGGAGGAGGAGGAGGAGGAGCUGGAGGAGCUGGAGGAGCUGGAGGUGGAGAAGGAGGCGGAGGAGUACGUGAAGCUGGAGGAGCAGCGGUUGGAGCGGGAGAAGGACGCCAUCAGAGGAGAUCAAUACCUGCUGGCCGAGGAGAAGCAGAGGCUGCUGGGCGAGAAGGAGAGGAUGAUGGGAGACCUGAGGAAGGAGCAGGAAGCCACCGAGCAGCUGACCGCCAAGUACAAGGCGAUGGAGAGCAAGCUGCUGGUCGGCGGCAAGAACAUCAUCGACCACACCAACGAGCAGCAGAAGAUGCUGGAGAUGAAGCGGCAGGAGAUCGCUGAGCAGACUCGUGGGGAGAGGGAGAUACAGCAGCAGAUGAUGGUCCAGGACGAGGAGACGCUGGAGCUCAGGGAGACUUUCACGUCUCUGCAGCAGGAGGUGGAGGCCAAGACCAAGAAACUCAAGAAGCUGUACGCCAAGCUCCAGUGCAUCAAAGCGGAGAUCCAGGACGUGAACGACGAGCACGUGAGGAGCCGACAGGAGCUGGAGCAGACGCAGAACGAGCUCACCAGAGAGCUCAAGUUCAAGUAUCUGAUCAUAGAGAACUUCAUUCCUCCCGAGGAGAAGAACAAGAUCAUGAACAGACUGACCUUUGACCCCGAGGAGGAUCAGUGGAAGUUUCAGCCUCUUGUUCCUGCUGAAAGCAAAUCCUCGCAGAUGCAGAAAAGGCCGUCGUCUGCGGUCGGAUACAAACGGCCCAUCAGCCAGUACGCCAGGGUUGCCGUAGCGAUGGGAGGCCACUCCAGAUACAGGGCCGAGAACAUCAUGUUCCUGGAGCUGGACAUGACGCCUCCGAACACGGCCGAGCUGAACCAAAGCUCCUCGGUGGACAACUCGCCCACGAGGGACAGGGGCGUCCGCAAGUCUCGCUCCUGGUGUCAGACCCCGAAAUCCAUCCCUUCCUCCUCCUCGAAUGCCUCCUUGGCGGCAUGUCACACUGCCACGCCCGCGGCGGCACAGUAAAGCUUUUGUGAAGAGGGUUUUUUUUAUAUUGUUAUUUAUUUUAUUCAUCUUCCUCUUUUGGCCGUUGAUCCUCUGAAAGACUUCUCCGUGGGGAAACGAGCACGCGGCACCGCCACCGCCUCUGCCGAAUCCCGAGAGGCGACAGACUUUAAAGGAAAAUGAUCUCAUGACGGGAAACAGAAGGUCCUCAGAAACACCAGUUCCUCCUCUCGUACGGAUGUAAAGACCUUAAUUCUUCCAGAUUCCCCUUCUUCGUCCCGGCAUGUAUGAGACCAAGAGCGCUGGAUUAAAUACUGGCUGCAGUGUUGUGCCGCCCAGGCUGUGUGUGUGUAUGAAAUAUGAGUUCAUACAGGGCUUUAUGAUCGUCUGUUUGUGUUUCUAACUGUGACCAGUUCAGAUAUGAAAGCUCACAAACUGACUCGACUCCCCUGUAGAUGAUCAACCGGUGUAAAUACUUCAUGAAUUUCGAUUUUUUUUUUUCUUUUCUUUUCUUUUUUGUUUUUCUGUUUUCUGUGUAAAAGUGUGAAUCCAUAGUCGUGCAUCAUAUGAUUGUGUGCAGUUGUCGGUCAGAUGAGGUGACCUUCAUGACACCUGUUGUCUCGCAUCAUUUCCUUUAGUCCCUCCACAGUGUCUGACACAUCUGAAAUAAUCUCCAGAAAAUUCCAGAAUCAAUUUGCAUCAGUUUGUAUUUAUUCCAGGGACGGUGGAAAACACAGGGGCACAUUCAAAUCCAAAAUCAAGACUCUUCGAAGGUUGAUCCAGUCAAAAAUGCAUCUUUUUUCUUUUAACAUCAGUGUUUUUUUUAAGAAGUCAAAGUAGCUCUAACGCACCGAUAUCCAGUCUUGUUUCAUUUGACGGGACUCCAGGUUUAACAACUAUAGCUUUUGUCGAUGUCAUCUGUCAAAUUGCUAAUUUUGACGCAGUUGCAGGCGAUUCCAAAGGGUUCACUUAUACUUUUUUUUCAUGCCACCUGUAAGUCUCCAGCACAGUGCAGCCGUGUCUCCUCAGACAGUGCGGCUUCUGCGCAAUUUACAUUUUUUUUGUACUGUGAAAUAUUAUAGUAGUUAUAGUAAUAUAACCUGCUCCCUGAGGAGUUGACUGAGUGAAGUGUAUCAGACUGGGCUGAUGUUUGUCGGCAGUUUAGUGUCACAGGGUUCUUUGCCUCCUAGAGGUUAAGAGGAGCAGACAGUGGGGGGGGGGGGACAUAAUCAUCCCUGUAUUAUUGAUGCCGCAGAUCCUGUUGCAGCCGAACCCCCCGCUAAGUGUAAGAGAGCACGGAACAGCCCUUUACUAGAGUCAUAUAUAUAUAUAUUUCAAAUAUACAGAAGAUUGAAGUCUUUCACAGCUUUUUUUUUUUUUUUUUUUUUUUUUUUUUUUUUUUUACUAUAGCUGUUACAUGGCAUUGUCCUUUUGUGUGUACAAAAUGUUUCUUGACUCAAACCUCAUACCAUAUCAUUUGUUAUAUGCAAUAAUAUGACAGAAACGUACUGUGCAGUCCUGGAUCAUUUUUAAUGUACUGUCAUAUUCUUAUCUUCAUAAUGGCUGAAUCCACCAAGAUCACUCGGAUGUACAAAAAGAUUUGUCAAACAUGCACAUUGCGAGAUGAAGGACAUCAAGAUGAUGUCUGAAAAAUUGACGACCAGUCCAAAGCCGUGUUUAGUUUCAGGUGUGGAUAUAUAAUUGAUCCGAUGUGUUUAUGAAAAAUUAAUUGUUGAAAUGGGGUUUUUGACUGUUGGUCAGAUAAAGAAAUCAAAAUAGAUAUAUUUAAGCGAAAUAUAGAAAAGUUUGUGUCUACAUAAUAAUUUUAAAAAAAUGCUCCUUUAAAUGUUUGAAUCAGCAUAUUGUUUGUUCGCACUGUGUCGCCUCUAUUGCCUCAACAAAUAUUUCUGUAUGAUUAUACAUUUUACUGAUGACAUUUGCUCAUGUAUAAAGACUUUUGUCAUAUUAUUCAGUAAAGAAAAAGAAAUAUCCACGUACGUUUCCCAUCUGUGUGUUAGGGCUGUAAAAUAUUGUACAAAUGUGUGCAUGAGGGCAGUGGGGGAGGGGCGGAGGGAGGAUGCUGAUGGAAAGAGGGAGGGGAGGGGAGGGGUCGGAC